UGAGUCUGCAGGAAUGGAUCCGCAGGAACACUGGCAGUGCCAGCCUGGCACUCCACGCAGACGCCCACCACUCUAGAAAUCGCAUCGUGCUAGACGAGAGUGUUCAGUUAUGGGGUUCAACAUCACAGACGCCACGUGCGACUACGGACUCGCGCAGACGGAAUGGGGUUGCCUACGGACACUGGCGUCCUACGAUACCAGCGCGUACAUGCACUUCCAGAUCGGCUAUUGUGUCGUGGGCUCGGCGUCGCUCAUUAUGAGUGCUACAAUGUACUACCGAGCCGACAAGUACGACGGCUCGCCAUUGCAACUGCACUCUUUCCUUCUGUGUUGCUACGCGUCAUUGACGGUGAUCGUUCGCGGCGCCGAUCCCGACAGCUACGGACACAUCAUUCCACGCCCGAUCGGCGCCUUCCUCUCAGACUCGUGCACUGCAACACUCUACUCCGUGUAUGUCCUAGCGCUUGGGUACUGGGCGACCAUUAUUCAGCAGGGAGCAGCCGUGAUCCGCAAGCCAGCACAUCUCGAAUGUAUGGAGUACUCAACAAUCGCCUUCAUCUGGGCUUUCUACCUUGCCUACGACAUGUCCCGCUUUGCGUUCAAAGGAUUUAUCCCACUGACGCUAAACUACGUGCAGCUGGGUGUGAGCGCCAGCGUGUUGGCCGUCAUCGCGCUGACGUUCCUCAUCUAUGGCCUUCGCGUGAUGGCACGGUUGCAGGAGUAUGAGCGGCAGCUAAAGAUCACCUUGGACGCAGACUACAUGAUGUCGAAUCACUCGUUCGAACUGAACUUGAGUGAUAGCGAGGAUAGCCUUCCUGUCGAGCAGGAGUGCCGGUUUGCUCCUCGUCGACCGCAAGAAGGACAUACCACCAAGAUCAAGAAAAUUCUGCUCGUGGCGGAGAUGGCGUCGAUCGCCGUCAUUGCUGGUCAAAUGUACAUGAUCACUCAAGUGUCAAACUCACCAAUUGAGCUCUCCUGCGCCAACGGCAUGCUGUGCAGUAAGGUCAAGUCGAAGUGGAACCUGCUCCACAUUUUCCAAGUAGUCUGUGUAUGGGUUAUCCUCUACGUCUUUCGUGAUGUUCAAAAGAAGAACGUCAUCCCACAUCCUCGGGGUAGCGCGGGGUAUUAGAGUAGCGAUAAUUUAUAAACCAUUUUUUGCGAGUUGAGAAGAACAAUGUCAGCAGGUGAAGCUUCUGUACGUGUA